AUGGUUGGCAAUACUGCUGGCGCCACUACGCUAAAGACGCCUCCUCACAGCGUCAACUCUGUGCCUAAGCUUAACUCCACCCCGCUUGAAAUCGGCUCUGUCGCUAUCAGCGAACAUAUCAGUGCUGUAGGCGUUGACGUCCAAAAUGUUCGUCCAUGGAUUGCGAGCAACGUCGAGGACUAUAAUUGGCGCGUCGCAGUGGAAAGCAAUGUGCUGUCGGAUCUGGUACCGAAGCUCUCUCACCAUAACUCUCAUAAACCCGCCAAGGAGCUGGUUGCCAAGCUCUGCAGGCCACAACUUGAAGAGGCGCACGAGAGCGAACCCGCCAUUCUCAAGAGGGUGUAUGAGAUUGCGAAAAGGGACGAUAGUGUGAAGCACCACGUCCCAGAGAUAUCCUGGUUCCAUAAAUUUCAGCAUACGUCCACAGCGAAAAUCAGGAGCGCACUGGGACUUGAAGACCCUGAACUAGGCAGGCGCGUCUUCUACAUCAUCGUAUACAGAAGACUUGAGCCGAUCACGGACCUGUGGGACACGCAGUUCCUCAGCACAUGGUUGCACAUCGUCAUCUGCCAUUAUGCUCUCUGGGAGGGAGUUGUCUAUCAUCACGAUGUCAGCCCUAACAAUCUAAAGGUAUACAAAACCUUAGAUGGUCGAUGGAUUGGCGUUUAUAACGACUUCGACUUAUCAUCGACUCAAGAUAUUCCCUCGUGCCAGGAGCGCACAGGGACAGUACCUUUCAUGGCCAUUGAACUUCUUACACAGGCAGCCAUCGAAGGCCAGGUCAAGCACCUGUAUCAGCAUGACGCUGAGUCAUUCAUAUGGGUCCUGGUCUAUGUCUGUCUUUGUUAUGAACGCGGCGUGUUCAUCGGCAAGCGCUCACCGCUCAAUGCCUGGCUGAGAGCGGAUGCCGUUGAGUGUAGGAUGCGAAAGAAUGACUUCUUAACCUUCGGUCGUAAAACCGUGGAACCCACACCAUCGCAGAAAGAUAACUGGAAUGUUGCGCGAUCUUGCCUGCGUCCUAUCCGCUCGUAUUAUAUGGACUCGGACUCUGGCAUUGAGAGCUCUGGCUCUGAGCCUGACGCGCUGACAGACGCCGUCGUAUUUCAGACAUGGUUUGUAAAACAAAUACACAAGGCGAAGCCACGGUUACUGGAGCUGGAGCAGCUCCUAGAUGUCCGCUUUUAA